CUCCCCCAUCCUGUGAAGUGUGAGGGGAAACCGUAACCCUAGAGCCCAACACUGACAUGGCGCCCUCGCGCCGCCGCGCGCGGUCGAGCGAGCCGGCGGCGGACCUGCUGACCUCCCUGCCGCCGCUCCUGCUCGACAGCAUCCUCACCCGCCUCGACCUCCGCGACGCCGUCCGCACCUCCGCGCUCUCUCGCGCCUGGCGCCGCCGUUGGGUGGACCUCCCCUGCCUCUCCCUCUCCCGCAUCGGCAGGGGUGGCAUACCCGCGGUGGCCGUCGACAGCGUUCUCCUUCGCUACCCCGGCAACAUCUCGAAUUUCUCCAUCCACUCUCUCGACACGCACUCCGCCCGCCGCGUCGACGACUGGCUCAUCGCCGUCCGCAACCGCGGCGUCAAGUCCAUCGACCUCAAGGGCCCAGCCCCAGCCUUCGCCCUUCACUCUUCUGUCUUCUUAUGCACGAGUCUCGUGUGCCUGAAGCUGCACUUGUGCUUGAUACCUCCUCUCCCCGUGGAAUUCACUGGCUUCCCCGUGCUCAAGCAGCUCGAACUCUCGGGCGUCACAUUCCCUCCGAACGGGCAGAUCCAACUGGAGGCAAUUAUCAAAGCGUCACCCUUGCUUGACACCCUGAGUCUUAUCUAUGUGGAUACAUACAGCGAGGCUUUCCCUGGUUGGGUGAUUUGGGGGGCCAAUCUCCGGAGGCUAACUAUCGUUUCCAAAGACAAUCAUGGCUGGCAAGUCGCCGAGCUACCAAAUCUCCACGAAGCCACCAUCAAUUUGCAAAGCUGUGAGAACUUUAGUGAUUUCGGAGGACUCCUUGCUGGGCUUGCUCAAGUUCGGAAGCUCGUUCUAAAUAAGUGCUACCCACCGUUCACAGAGGGUCAUAUCCUGGAAACACUUCCUUGCACCUUUGACAACUUAAAGAGUUUAACCCUCUGGACUCACUUUGAGGAAACGCCUACCAUUUUGUCAACCUUUUGUUUACUGAGGAAUGCUCCUAACCUUGAAGAACUUGAUAUAGUGAUCGAGGGUUUUUUGGACGAGGAAGAAGCAGAUGGGGAGUUUCAGAAUGCACAAUGGACUGACGGCAUGUGUCCCAACCUUCAAGUUGUGCGAUUGAAGGGUGUUCUCUGUUCAUCAAAUGAAAUGUGUUUUAUACAGCUUCUUUUAUCUAAAGCUACAGUUCUUCGCACUAUGUCUAUUAAUCUUGGUUAUGGAAGCUUAAAGUCUAGUGAGGAUGCACUGCGCGAACUGAUAACAUAUAGAAGAGCUUCACCCCAUGCUCAAAUCUUCUUCGAUGGUAAAGAGCCUUAAGCUUCAGCUAUUAAAUGCAAAUAGGGUGCAUUUCUGGGCAUGUGCAGACGACAUUCAUGUUGCUCGCCUGCUUAAGAUGUUGUCAUUUUCAUCUCCAUCAUUCGGGUCACUUGAACAGAACAGAAAUAUCGGGUCACGUUCAGUUACCAGCAUUCCGGAUUUGCGGGGAGGUAGCUAAUGUUCCUUGUAAAUGUAGCUAAUGUUUGUAUGAAAGGGAAACAAUUGUUCCCAGGGGCACAAAUGAAAUGACGAGCGGCAGGUGCACCAACCGUAGCUUCAGGGAAUUGAACAAUCCCCAGCAUGAGCUGAUCCAUGGAGGUUGGCUCUCAUGUCUCGUCGGCACCAUAGCGACUUUGCGAGUGGCAAUUAA